AUGGCGAGGAGGAGGUGGGGCAAAGUGGGGGUGAAGGAGAGGACCCAGUUUGUCAGGGCAACACUGGGGCCUGGCCCAGUCCAGUCUCCUUUAAAUGGGAAUUCCAGUCCCCGUCUCCACAUCCAGCCUGGAGCCCUGGAGCCUUCCUCCAUUAAUGACCACUUUGUUUCCUGGCAGCCUCAUUUCUGCAGCCCUUGUCCACAAGAUCACAGCCCAGGACAGAGUGCAUUGGAGGAUUCCCUAGAGAGAACAUUCAAACAUUCUUACUUUGAGCCUUCAUGGGUGGAGUGCCUGCCAGGUUGA